AUUAUUACGUUUCAACCAGCCUACCCGGCAGACGACUUUCGUGUUUCUAAUCUAUCGAGCGCAAAUCUUCAUAUUCUGGUGAAAAUGUCACUCACCGACUCGUCUGCCGCGGAGAUUGCCAAGACGGCGUCUAUGGCUUCUCGCCUUCUUGCCACUCUACCCGGAGCAGCGAGAAAUGAUGCUCUGUCAGCGCUCCAUGAAGCUAUUGCAAAUAGUCGAGUCGAAAUACUGGAAGCCAACUCAAGAGAUGUUGCAGCCGCUGAGCGAGCAGUCGAAGCCGGUGUACUCAAUGGAAGUGUUCUCAAAAGACUGGACUUGUCACGGCCAGGGAAGUUUGAGGACAUGCUGCAGGGUAUUUUAAGUGUCAAAGAUUUAGAUGACCCAGUUGGAAUUGUGACCAUGAGGACAUUGUUGGAUGAUGAUCUCACGCUCGAAAAAGUCAGCUGCCCCAUCGGUGUACUGCUGAUCAUUUUUGAGGCUCGCCCCGAGGUUAUCGCAAACAUUGCAGCCCUUUCAAUCAAAUCUGGCAAUGCUGCUAUCUUGAAAGGUGGCAAAGAAUCGACUGAGUCUUUCAUCACGAUUUCCAAGGUGAUUUCGAAGGCUAUCGCGAGCACUCGGGUCCCAAAAGGUUCAAUUCAGUUGGUUGAGACUCGGGAGGCUGUCUCUUCUCUGCUUGCCCAGGACAGUCACAUUGACUUAGUAAUUCCUCGGGGUUCCAAAGAACUCGUUCGAUUUGUCCAGGAUAACACAAAAAUCCCUGUUUUGGGACACGCUGAUGGACUAUGUUCAGCCUAUAUACACGCCGAUGCCGACCUUGAUAUGGCUGUUCAGGUCAUUGUGGACUCGAAGACCAAUUAUCCAGCAGCGUGCAACUCUCUAGAAACAUUACUUGUCCAUGAAGAUGUACUUCAGACUGUCUUCCCAGCCGUUGCCGAGGCGCUUUUCGCCAAGGGGGUCGCACUUCGUUGUGAUCCACCUUCAAAGGAGGCAUUGGCCAGCAGGGUUGUCGAUGCGCAGCGAUCCUUGAUCUCCGAAGCCGUCGCAUGCGACUACAAGACUGAGUUCUUAGACCUUGUUUUGGCUGUAAAGACAAUACCCAGUGACAAUCAAAGCGAGAAAAGCCUUGACGCAGCAAUUGUUCAUAUCAACAACCACUCGUCAAAACACACUGACAUCAUCAUCACGAAGUCAGCAAGUGCUGCUGAACAUUUCAUGAAUAGCGUUGACAGCGCAGGAGUUUUCUGGAACGCUUCGACGAGGUUUGCAGAUGGAAUGCGUUAUGGUUUUGGCACAGAGGUCGGCAUCAGCACGAACAAGAUUCACUCACGAGGACCCGUUGGCUUGGAUGGACUCACCAUCUACAAGUAUAAGAUCCGGGGUCAAGGUCAGAAGGCCGGGGAUUACUCCGAAACUGGGUGUGGUAAAAGGUAUAAGCACAAAGCCCUGCCACUAUGAAGAAGAGAUAGUUGUAUUACAAUUGAACAAUUUAG